ACCAUCUGGCCUUCAGUCACCUAAGAAAAAAUCCCUUCAUUGAUUACAAGCAGCUGGGGCUGAGGCACAUUCUCUAUGCAUGGGAGGUGCUGCCAGGCUGUGUGCUCUCACUGUUCUGACACUGGAUUCAGGAUCUGCGCCCUGAUUCAUUUCUGUCUCACUCCUACAGCUACCUGCAGCUUGUUUUUCGAAUUACACAAACAAAACCCUCCAACAGAGCUGUGCCAUCAGCUUUCCGCAUGAGUGGCCUCUCAUGGGCUGCAUCUGAUCCUCUCAAGAGAGAGAUUUUGGUGUAUGGUCUGGAAAUCCAGGCAUUUUUUGCCUCUGGUGGAGCUGGUACUCCUGAGCUGAAUUGAGGCUGCUGUCUUUCACAGGAGGAGUAUCUCUGCAGUUCCAAUAGAUGUUCAGCACGAUCAUUGCUCCUUGAAAGACCAAUAUUCAAUUAUGAUGUAGGAAUAAAGGAAAAGCACCCUACUGCCUGUACCUCAGUUCCAAGUACUGCUCACAUCCAAAUAUCAAAAAGCAAUUUGCAAACUGAUAACCAUAUCACGUAAGAUGGUAAGGUAUUUGAAUGAGUCUGUUAGACCACACUUCUGCCUUGUUGGACAGCAGCUUUUCCAUACUCUGAUGCCCAAUGGAGAGUGGAAAAGAACUCUCUUCCUCUUACUUAAGCAUAUAGACUGAGGCUUCCUGAUGCCCAGUCUGUAGUUCUCUCACACUGCCUCUUCAAAGACUGUAUUUACGUGCUGGGUAGCAAGCUACAGCUGCAACCUGCACCUUCAGAGCCCAUGCAAAGGGCAGUAAUUUCAGUUACGUUAUUCCAAAGUGAAAGAGAAUGAGAAUAAUUCUGUGCACCAAAAAAAGAUUACCUAGUUUCAUAUAGAAAGAUACCCAUACAGUUUGCCUUACUAGCCUUUUAGACACAGGAAGAAUAAGAUAAAAACCUGUUUGGUAACACAGUCUUCGUCUGUUCUUCCCCAUGCCUGUCCAUGCUUUGAACAGAGCUGGCAGUGCCAGCUGAAAGCACAGCUUUGAUCUCUUUCCACUCUGAUUAUGAAGUUUUCUCAGCUGUGCUCCUCACAGUGCCUUUCCUGGGAUCACGGGGAGCAGGCUCUUGCUGCUGCCAUUUUUGUGGCGGUUCAGUGCCAGGUCUCUCUUGCCUGGCUGAGCCCAGUUGGUAGCACUGGGUGCCUGUUCAGCUGCUGCCCUCGGAGCAGCAGGAAGACAGCUCUGCUCCUUCCUUGCUGGCCUCAGGUGCUGUACAGCACUGCUGCCACGCAGUGCCGGCUGCAGCAGUGGCAGGAGGCCAAAGAGACCCUAGAGAAGGCCGUCGUGUGGAGACCUGAAGGAAGAUCAGCAGCGCUGGCCCUGGCCCUUGAGCGAGUGCAGAAUCAUCUAUUUUUAGAGCCUAUGCAGGUUCCCCUCGGGGAAUUUUUCAGACCACGGAAGAAGGAAGUUGAACAGCUGGAUUCAAAAGAUUUCCUGGGUAAACCCAAGGUGAUCUCAUCCAUCAUUCCCAAUGAUGAGUACAUUGGCUUUGAACCUCUCAGGCCACAGAAACAGGGCUUUUAUGAACCCAGUGCUGAUGCUGUGAGAGACCAUGAAUCGGGCUACUAUCGAGUUUUGUCCCAUUAUUACCCUGAGGGCGUGGAGAAGUUGGCAGUGAAAGCCAGCAGCCUGGUCUUUGUGCUGGCAAGAGGAGCAGAUGGCUGGGCUACAGCCAUACAUGAUGGGCAGAAGCUGCACAUACCAACCUCUAUCCUGGAGCCUGCCUCAAAGAUGGAUAAGUGGAAGAUCAGUGAUGGGAUUCCUCUCCCUCCUGCCCAGGUGCCUCCCAGCCGGCUCCAUGUGAAGCAGACACCAGAAUCUCCCGGGGAAGAAAAUGUUUCUGCAAAUGAUUCUGGAUCCCAAGUGGAUUUUGAAGUCCCACUCACCCACAGAGAUGCUUCAUCCAGCUCGGACAGACCAGCUGUGCUGCGGGUGCUUUGUGAGUGCACGGUGGUGCUGAGGGCAGGCGAGGUGCCCUCCGUGCCGGCGCUGCGGGCGCUGCUCCGGGAGCGUUUUGGCCAGCAGGCAGAGCGUGGGAGGCUGAGCUACAGGCAUUUGGAUGGUAAAGAACUAGGUGCAGUUUCAGGAGAGGAAGAUCUAGGGAAGAUGUGGCAGCAGCUGACAGAUGGCAGGAUCACACUCUGCUGCCAGGACUCGGACUCCCACUCAGGCAGACCCAUCCUCUACCGGAUGCUGGCUCAGCACUCAUACCCUGCACAGGGACCAGGAGACCUGGAGUUCAGCAAGGGGGAUGUGCUGGAUAUUCUCUCUGAAGUGAACAAGGACUGGCUUGAAGGACACUGCAAUGGCAAGACUGGCAUCUUCCCUAAAUGCUUUGCAACCCAGACCAGUUGUGCUGCCUUCUCAUAGGAAACAGGAGCCUUCUGCCUGACCACAUGAGGAGCCCGCUGCCAUCAGUCCCAUCUGCCAGGGGUAGGAGACACCAGUACCAGCUCAUCUGGACACAGCUGGCCCAGACAGGAGCUCUGCUCAACCUGAACAGAUGUCCUACACUGACAGAUUCCCAUGAAGUCUGUUCCAGCAGUCACUUGGCAGCAUUUCCUGCAGCCUGUUCCCAGACCUGACAUUUUUACCUCUGUGGUUCCACUGCCAAAGGUGUUCCUGUAUAGGGCAGAGAGAAGGGAGGGGUCUGUGUUUGGCUACAGGAGAUGUCCACGUGCUAGACCUCACAAACUCACACUGCAGGAUGCGAAAAGGUUCCUCUGGGCAGGGGAGUUUACCCCCUCUCCAUGACGGUUAGGACCAUUGUAUCAUCUUCACACAGUGAAUAACCUGUGGAUCUGAAAGAGCCAAAGAGCUCUGAUCCUUUCUCAGCCCAGAUGCCUUUGGUUCUUUUCUCAACCCCUAAGCAGUCCUGCCUGGAUUUUCCUGCUUCUUGCUGUGUGGACAGGGGUCCUGCAGCAAAGAGAGGCAGCUGUGGAGACACCCCUGCUCACACCAGCCUGGGGCUCUGGCAGAGGCUUGGAGGGUCUGUGCAGAGGGCAGGCUGGGCACUGCAGUGCUGACCUGGUGGCUGGAGCUGGAAGGACUGAGAGGACUGUCUGGUUCCUGCAGCUGAGCUGUGCUGGGCUCUGCUGAUGUAGAUAAAACACUCAAGUGCCUGAAGCUGGAGCCUGCUAUGGAUUUAGUGUCUGACAAAGCUGGAGUAUAUAACUUGAAUAUGAAAUAAACAC